AUGACAAUGCUUAUGAAUGGUUUCAAAUAUAUUAUACCAUGCCAAAGUCGAUUAUGUUCUCGUCAAUCUAUCAAUGAAAUUAUCCAGGAACAAUAUCAAAAAAUAGCUUCAACUGUAAAAGAUUGUCUAAAUGAUCAUCGAAUACCAAUUGCGAGCGAACGAACAACACAAAUAUUUUCAGAAUUAGAACGUACAUUGCAUCAAUUGCAAACACAAAAAUUAUCAAAAGUAUUAGAAAAACGUGCUCAAUAUGAAUAUAAAAUCGUUCGAACUAUCCAACGUCUUAUACAUCGACGAAAAGAUAUUGUUGUACGUCGAACAGAUAAAAACAAAGUAUUCUAUAUUGGUAAAGCAAUAGAUUUUGAACGUAAAGCUGAAGAAUAUAUGUUAAAAACUGAUGCUUAUCAAGAAAUUCCUGAUGGUCAUUGUCCUCUUGCCGAUAAUUUACAUGCUGUAAAAACUUUACUUGAUUAUCUACUAGGAAAACAUGCUCUAACGAAAAACCAAUAUAAUCAAUUGUCUCCAAAUUUAAAAAAUUUAGAACUUGGUCAUUAUCAUGGUCUACCUAAACCACAUAAACCUCAAACACCAUUACGACCUAUCAUUGCAUCUAUACGUGCACCAGCAACAUUGAUAUCGCAAUUUUUAAAUGAUCUUUUAGCACCCAUAUAUUUAGAUGUUACUCGUAAAUAUACAUUUAUUAAUGACAUUGAUGUCAUCCGAACAUUAGAAAAACAUGCUGCAAAUGGUUAUGUUACAUCAACAACCAAAUUUAUUACUUCUGAUGUUGAAAAUCUUUAUACAAUGAUACCAAGACAAGGUGCAUUAGAAGCAUUAGGUCGAUUUUGCAUUAGACAUUCGAAGCAAGGUAAAAUUGGAACCUUUGCAAUUGAUCAUAUUAUGAAAAUGGCUCGUGUCAUUUUGGAUACGGAUUGUUUUGCCUACAAUAAGAAAUAUUAUAAACAAAUUCGUGGUGGAGCAAUGGGUUCAGCAUUUACACAAGUUUUAGCUAAUAUUUAUAUGUUUGAAUGGGAACAAGAUCUAAUUCAAUAUCAAGAAACACAUAAUGGAAUUUAUGGAAGAACAUCUAUUUAUCACAAACCAACAACUGAACCAUAUAUUUUACCAUAUACAUCGGAUCAUCCACAUCAUAUUCAUCGUAAUAUUCCAUAUGAAGCAUUAUUACGUGCUGCUCGUAUUUGUUCACAUGUCAAUGAUUUUAAUUCAGAACGUAUCCGUAUUGAUAUGUCAUUAUUGUUGAAUAGUUAUCCACCAAAUUUUAUUACUAAACAACUCCGUCGAUUCUUUCGUUUAAAUAGUGCAUUGCCUGUAUUAACUGAAUUAAAUGAAGAUGUUUACCACCAUUUACAUCAAACUCUAUUACAACAACCAACACGUCGUGAGAAAAAACUUAUUAACAUGAUGCAUGAUUCAAUUGACAAACCAUUCGUAUUGCAACCAAAAAUACGGAAUAAAGAAAUAAUGUAUCCAUGUUAUCUCUUUGAUACUAGUCUCACUAGUAAUUUACCAAAUCAAUUUUACAAAUGGUGGCAAACCAAUUAUGCAUUUCCUCGAUCACCACUUGAACAGAUAAAAGUGAUGCUAGUCGCAAACACCAAUCGUACUUUAGAAAGUUUUUUCAUUCAUAAGAAACCUCCACGCGAACUAUUAACAAAAAUGGAAACAAUAUGA